AUGCAGUAUCAUGUGCAGCUCGCCCUAGCACCCUCGUGCGCGGCGAGCGACUUCGACGGCGGUGAUGGGGUCAGCGGUACCGCUUCUUCGCCGUCGCUCGUCGCAUCACCGUCUUCGACCUCAGCUCAAGCGAACUCAUCGCCAGCCCACCACCAGCAAAGCGACAGCGGUAGUGGUGUCGGCAUCACGGUCGGUCAAGGUCUGUUGAGUGGUCGCCGCCUCGCUGUGCGAGUGGCACCGCCGUUGACAUCAAGUGCCGCCCCUGUAGUCCAUGUCCCCGCUAGCGCCGGCGGCGGCAUGAGAGGAGGUGCAAGUCAUUGGCACUCAGGCGACAGCCUUUGCAGCGGUGCUCACAGUAGCAUGUGCGCGUCCUCUUCUCACCAUGCCGCAUCCGAAAUUCCGGCCUCGAUGACGAGCACCACCACCGGCAGAGUCAACACCUCCUCGGCCUACGGCAAAGGUAUCGUCCGCAUCAGCGAGCUUCGGCGACAAGGAGUAGCCUCCGUCGAAUCAGGCCUGCGGCUGGCCACACUCCCAGGAGGCCGCUCGGUAGCCGCGGCUACAUCCACUCACGGAAGUGACGCUGCUCAUGGUGGUGCCAGCGCGGACGGAGAUGUCUUUUACGGGGCCUCGACGCCGCAUGCCGCGCCCUCGCAGCGGCGCACACGGCAGCGUGGCUCACCGACGGCGGCAGCCACCACCUCCGUAUCUGUCUCGUCCUCGAAACGUGCACGCGGUGAUCGUAGCGGUGUAAGCACCAGCGGCGGAGCGCAGCGUCGCGGCCGAGGGAGCAGCGGAGGCUCGCGCGCCUCCGCAGCGGUGGCACUGCGCAGUGAUGGACAGUUGUGUGACUACCGCUGGUUCACCGCACGUGGGCGCCGCUGUUUCGUCUACGACGGCCGCACAUACAAAGGCUCUAGCGCCCAUCGAAUGUGGGAGAAGGUCAAGGGGGCGGCGCGGCAGCGUGGUCUGUUGCCGCCGCAGCAAGCCACGGCGGCGUCGCGCACAUGGGAUGCACCACGUGCUCGCGGAAGAGCAGAUGCCAGCGUUGCCCACUCAGCAGCAGCGGCGCACAUUACUGUGCCGCGUUUGCACCAGGCGUCAGCUCGCGCGCGCUCCGCAGCUGAGCACGUUCUUCUCCCGCAGCAAACCAAGCGGAGGUCGGCCGCGGUAUCCCCAGGACAGGUCGACGACUUGACCCGCACCGGGGUUCUCGUUCCUUCACAGUUGCGGGGGGAGUGGCGCACCCUGAUGGAGGAGCUUGGCAUGAUGCCAGAUGAUGACAGGGACGCGAUGACAAGCGGCAGAGAAGGGUGCCUCUUGAAGGCAGGUGGUGGAACGCAGCCUCCGGAUGGUGCCAGAUCGACCAGGCCACCCUGCUCUCCACCGCGCCGUGCUCACCUCUCCGCGAGCAGCGCAGCCACAGAGGAUGUGGUUGAAAUCAGCGACAGUAACUCGACCUGCGACGACACGGACAACUCUGGCUCCGACACUUCUAGCAGUCUCUCAUCGACAGCCUCGCCCACUGUGGUGAGCGGCAAAGCUGACAGUGGGCAGCGUAACGCCAACACCGUUGCGGCUGGUGUGCCACUGCAGUGGCCCGCCACGUCGUACUUCAGUGACGCAAGCAGUGAGUGGUCUUCUACGUCAUCCUUCACGACGUCACCUGCGCGGCCGCCAUCGUCGACGUCGAGCAACUCGCCGAGGCGGAAGCGUGCAAAGCAAGAGCGGCGCAUAAAGCACGCUGUAACCAGCACCACCACCACUGGUGCACCGGCACGCCUUCGCAGAUAUCAUGGGGUGCAGGUGGUAGAGCAGGACGGGUGGGUAUACCCGGUAGAUGUGUACGCAUCGCAGCAGCAGCAGCAGCAGCAGCGGGAGCGGGAAGAUGAGCAAGUGAGAGAGACAGCACCAGGCGUAGCUUCUUGUGGUGCCACUCUACCAGCUGCGAACGAGAACCGCACCGGUGUUAGCGGUGGCCAGCCGUCAGUGCCCUGUGGUGUCCAUGACCUGCACUUGGCUGAUCUCUACAGAGAGGCAGUGACUACGCAAAGUAACGUGGCCCUUGCCCCACAACUCUCUGUUCCCGCGCUGCUGGCUGUGCCCUUACCCUCCUCCAAGGCGUCUGCGGGGCUGUCUGUAGUGAGUGGGAGCGGCGCAGCUGUCCCGGUACGACCUGCCGCUAUUUCAAGCGCGGCUCAGGGACGCCUUCUGAGCAGUGCCGUCGCACUCCAAAGCAACGUCGGUAGGGGUUGCGUCUCCGCGUUCUUGGGUGCUGAUGACAACCUCGACGACUUCAAUACCGCAGACCUGGCCGACAUGUUCGUCACAGGAGAAGAAAUCGGGGGUCUCCGCUACGAUGGCUGA